AUGCUACAUAAUAGUAAAGAUUUUUCAUAUUAUACACAUGUUUGUGAUUUUUUUUCAACACAAUGUAUUCCAGUUCUUGGUUAUAAACCAGAAAGGAAUACAUAUAUACGAGAUAAUCCAGUAGGUCAUAGUGACCAUGGCUUAAAGGAUGAAUGGCAUGAAUAUAGAGAUGGUGAAAUGAAUAAGGAGGCGGAGGAAGCUCUAAACAAAGAACUUGAUGAAGGGAAAUUGUGGUCCAAAGGUCAAACAUUCACUGAAGUAACUCCUAAUGGAGUGAUACGGAAAGUUGAAGAAAAAAUUUGCUAUCCCGAAGAUGCAAACUCGAAUGAAGCUCAUUUAACGGUUCAUGUUAUUUCUAACUAUGAUCCAUCCUCAGGAAAUCAUUCUGUUAAUCGACAUGCUCACUUUACUGUUCAAAACAAAGAAGAAACGAAGUACUCAAUUGGAAUAGACAAUCAGGAGGCGGUUCAAUUCAUUGAACUUCACAAUAGGGGAGUUGAUACCAGUGCAUUUGAGAGAGUUCAUAAAGCACAGGAAGAAGGAAAUGACUACGGAUGGUAA